AUGUAUUUGUUUUUGUGUAGUGUUGUGACAUUAAUGAUAAUAACUAACUCUCAAACUCUCGAUACAAUUCAAAAACCAAAAGAAUUAAUAAAAAGUUCAUCAUCAUCGAGAAGUUUGUUUGAUUCUUGUGCACUUGAUGAUACUGAUAAUACAUCUGUGGCUUGCCUUGGAUUAAAAAUGGUCAAGAGAAUAAUUCAACGAGUGGUAGAAUACAUUAUUGACUUUCAAAAUAUAUUAAGCACUGAUGGAAUUGAUUUGACUGAUGACGGUCUUCAUGAUGAUCUUAAAGAAUCAAAAACUCUCAAUAAAUCUUCUUUUAUGGAAUUAUUAAAUAAUAAAAAUUAUAGAAUAAGAUUAAAUAAUUUUUUUUCGAACCAAAAACCAUCAAAUGAUAGUGCUGUAGAAUCAGGUCGUGGAAAAUCAGCAUUACAUGGUAAAAGUGGUGGCAACAUACUAUUAACUGCUUUACUAUUAGGUCUAGGAUUGUUAGCUAUGAAAGCGUUAGUUGCAUCAUCUCUGGCUUUGAUGCUAUCUCUUUUAAUGACAAUAAAAAAGCACCAUGGUCAUGAAGGUUACUCAGAUCAUCGUCGUAGAAGAUAUAGUAUAGAACCAGAAAGUUCACCUUACCGUGGUUGGAAUGAUUCGUACAAGCGACGAAGAUAA